UUGUCAAUAGCUCCGCCCACUAAUAAGCUUUUAUAUAUAAGUAAACAUAACUACACAUAACUCACUCUCUUGCUCUCAAGCUCUGUUUUUUAUAAAUAAUAUACAUACAAAUACAAUAGUAGAGAGAGAGAGAGAGAGAGAGAUGGUGGCUGAAAGGUACUGUUACCGGGAUAUGUUGCCGUUUUCGGCGAUGGUAACAAUGGAAUGCAUUAACGUUGGACUAAACACACUGUUCAAAGCUGCGACUUUAAGGGGAAUGAGUUACCAUGUUUUUGUCGUUUAUGCUUAUGCUGUUGCUGCUCUUGUUCUUCUUCCUGCUCCUUUUAUUUCCCGAAGAUCAAGAGUACUUCCUCCUCUCAGUUUCUCCAUAAUGAUCAAAAUCCUUCUUCUUGGCCUGAUUGGGUCUUCAUCUCAGAUAAUGGGAUUUACAGGCAUCAGUUACAGUUCUCCCACGCUUGCUUCAGCCAUUAGCAAUCUUGUGCCAGCUUUCACUUUCAUUCUUGCCAUCAUUUUCAGGAUGGAGAAAGUGGGCAUGAAAAGCACAAGCAGUCAAGCUAAGAUGUUGGGCACAGUAGUUUCAAUUGGAGGUGCAUUUGUGGCCACUCUUUAUCAAGGCCCACCCAUCAUAAGAGCUCCAUAUUCCAAUAUCUCACUUCAUCAACCCUUAACUCUUCAUCAAAACACAUCAAAUUCCAAUUGGGUCGUUGGUGGCCUUCUUUUAACAGCUGAAUACAUUUUGGUUCCACUUUGGUACAUUGUUCAGACACAGAUUAUGAAAGAGUACCCUAAUGAACUGACCGUGGUGUUCUUCUACAAUCUAUAUGUGAGCAUAUUUGCUGGAAUAGUGGGCUUUGUUAUGGAGACUGAUUCAAGUGCUUGGAAAUUGAAGCCUGGUAUUGCAUUAGCCUCCGUUUUAUGCUCGGGAGUUUUUGGGUCGUUCUUGAAUAAUACAGUGCACACGUGGGCAUUGCACUUGAAGGGACCUGUCUACGUGGCAAUGUUCAAGCCCCUCUCCAUUGCAAUUGCAGCCGCCAUGACCUUCAUUUUUCUUGGGGAUUCUCUUCAUCUUGGAAGUGUAAUUGGAGCAACGCUGAUAUCAAUUGGGUUUUACACUGUGAUGUGGGGAAAAGCUAAAGAAGAAAAUGUGAAUGAAGUAGAAGAGUACCACCAUGUUGAGAGCCUUGAAUCACCACCCAUUGAUAAGACCCCUUUGUUGCAAAGAUACAAAGUUGACAAGAAAUAGGGCUAAUAUUCCUAACAAUGUAAUGUAUUAACAUAUAUGUAUUAUUGUAAUAUAUAUAAUAUGGUGUAUUGUAAAAUUGCAACUAAAACACUAGACAGAAUGUAACAGGUUAGAAAAUGCAACAAGAGAAAAGAAUGUUUAUA